AUGAUGAUCCGAGGGUCCAAUUUACGGUAUCCUGUAACUCUGAGCACGAUGUACGGUCUGGACCCAUUUGUUUAUUUACUGAUAGCCUUCUCGUCUUCGCUGGCUUUAAUUAUGCACGUACUGGUACAUGCUCAUGUGAAUCGAGAAUGGACCUCGUUCAACGAAGAUCUUUCCAACACGGCUCGACUUCAACAACUCACGGCUCCAGGAAUACUGAGCAGCUUCAGUACACGACAGGUGGAGCUCCUACGUAUGGUGAAAUUUGUUAGCAGAAAAACUGAACUUUUCACGGCACUGUCGACAGCGUUCGCCGCUCUUACGUCUGCAUGUGCCCUUUAUCUAGUGGCUGGAUUUGGCAGUGAAAUAUCUGUGUUCAUGAAUGUGCUCAGUAUUUUGUGGAUGCACUGUUCAAUGGCGGUGAUCCUUGUCGCACACAAACAGCCAUCUCAAACACAGAUCGAGAUCAACAAUACCGCCCAGUUACUGCUGGCUGAGGACAUCUGUCAUAUUUCGAAAGAUGACCAGAUCUGGAGAACAUGCCGAUCCAUGAUAGACCGAGCAGUUCACAGUUCAACAAAGAUGUACUUCUUGCAAGCAUACGCCAUGGAUCAGCAUUUUGCGCAUAAGGUUCUUUUCAUGGCGCCGAACAUUGGAACGCUGAUGGUGCUAAUCAAAAAGAUGGGUCUUGUAUGA